AUUCAGACGUGCCAUGCAUGUCAAUGGUGGGAAUACAGAGAAUGCGACUCCACUCGAUUACAUAAUGCAUUUUGUUUCAUUUUUCUGGAAGGUGCUAGGAGCGUGUGUUCCACCUCCAUCUUUUCUCAACACAAAUGGCAUUAUCUCACUUAUAACAGGCUUGGUCUUAGUUGGUAUCGUCAUGGCAACGCUGGUCGACAUGACGAAGACAUUUGGAUGUAUGGUUGGGCUCAAUGAUUCAGUCACUGCAGUCACAUUCACAUCAGUCUUCAUAUCGUUGGGUACAAGUGUACCUGACUUAAUGGCCAAUAGACUAGCAGCGAAAAGUGAUAAAUAUGCGGAUUCUUCUAUUGGCGUUACCAUGGGCAACAGUGCAGUUAUGGUGUAUCUCGGUCUUGGUCUGCCGUGGCUGUUGUCAUCAAUCUACUGGACAUCUAAGGGCCGAUAUUUUGAGAUUCCCAUCGAUACAUUAAUAGUGAGCAUCCCAGUCUAUUGUAUGUUCGCUAUCAUAUGCAUUGGUAUACUUGUACUAAGAAGGCUACUACCUGCAUGCGGCAAUGCUGAGCUCGGUGGACCCGCUGUGCCUAAACUGAUAUCUGGCCUCAUACUCAUAAUACUGUGGUUGAUGUUUGUCAUAUUUACUGCACUUUAUGCCGAUGGGGUAUUUUCUUUUAUUUCCACUUAGAUAUUCCAAAGCUCCCAAUAUUAUUUAUAACGGGAGAUGUGUGCAAUGUUAAAUAUAGUGAAUUAGGUUUUGUAUUGUCGUCGAAUUCACCAACAUCUCAAACAGAAUUGGUCAACAUUUACUGUGGCAGCGAAGAGAUGUUUCAGUGUUGUUUUGUAAUUUAUUGAUAUAAUAAUAAAUUAAACAUAACCGUUGUUGAGUAGAAACA